AUGGGGCCCGAGGAAGCCUUUAGCAAAUUUAAUUGUAAAACUGCCCUCAAUAGCGUGUUUCCAAACCCGUACAUAAGUCUAUGCCAGAAACGGGCAGCCAGAGGAAAAAAAGCUGAACCAUUGUGGACCUCCUUCAAUUUCGACCUAGAUCAAACUCUCAUAUAUGGCAAGUGCAUAUUCAGUGCCAUUUAUAAAUACAAUGGAAAAUACCCAGUAACUCAUGAUUCAAAUGUCCCAAAAUAUGUUAUUGCCUUUCAGGGCACACUCCUCAACCCAAACAAACUUGAAGGGAGCAGUCGCUUUGAACUUGCCAUGCAUCAUUUUGAGCGCCUUGUUGAGGCGAAUGGAGCUCCAAAUGUAUGGUUGGCUGGACAUUCUUUGGGGUCAGCUAUAGCAUUGCUUAUUGGAAAGAAGAUGAUUCUCAAGAAGAAAUGGUUUCCUAAUGCUUAUCUUUUUAAUCCACCAUUCCUAGCUUUACGCAUAGAGAUACUAAAGGAUACGAAAGUGAAGAAAGGAAUCCGCUGUGUACACCGUAUGCUCAAGGCAAGGCUCACCCUUGCUGCACAACCUAGUAAUUAUACUCGAUUGGAGGACCAUUUUGCUUUAUUAUCUUCCUGGACUCCUCACAUGUUUGUGAGUCGAGCUGAUAUUAUUUGUGCAGCUUAUAUUGCCUACUUUAAACGCCGAGUAUUUGAAAAUCUAUCCCACCUUAUGAUCCAACAUGAUGAAGAGAAUACUUCUCAAUUCCUGAUCGUGAUACUAGAUAUCCCAGAAUAUGUUAUUGCCUUUCAGGGCACACUCCUCAUGCCAGAGAUAGUGAUGGAUGACACCAUGUGA